AUCAGUUGUAUUGCGAGUUAUCAAAAUACGCAAAGAUGGCUGAAGAAUCUGACAGGAGUCAAUUGCCACCCGGUUGGGAAUGUAGAUAUGAUAUCAGAAGUGGACGUCCAUAUUUUAUAAAUCAUUUUAAUCGAACGACAACAUGGGAAGAUCCAAGAGUAAGAUAUUGGCAGUAUUCUCAGUACAUACAAUCACAAAAUUCAAUGGCACUGAGUUCUGCUACGACUGUAACUUCCCAAGAUAUACCUAUGCAGACUGGAGGAAAUGGAGGUGGUGGACACAUAGGUUAUGCAGGAGCUCACAGAGCUCCGCAAAUCUAUCCAACACCGUCUCCCUAUCUUAAUCCACAACUUGCAUUUUUACCUCCUAGUCUACAGGAGCUAAAAACUCCGUUAUCGUUGAAAUCAGUUAGUGCAAUGACAAAUAGACUUGGAGACAUGACGUUAGGAUCGCCAACACCAAUAAAGAACAUGGAGACAAGUUUGACACAAAAUUCAGAUACCGAGUUGCAAGUUGCUAAAAUCAAUGCCAUGUUCCCAACAGUGUCUGACACCCACAUUCGACUUCUUCUAAAAAAAUACCAUAACAGAGCAGCUUUGGUUGUCAGCGCUCUUCAAGUGGAAAAGAAUCCCCUUUGUACUCCAGGACCAUGCACACCUGUGGGAGUGCAUUCAAACUAUGCAAUACCAAGAUGGAGAUUACCACCUCACACUAUACAUGCAGCUCUAACAUUGAGUCCACCUCGGGGAACUCGGCCAACCCCUAACUCCCCAAAAAUGAAACUUAGGUACCUGAAAAAUAUAUUUCCCAAAGUGGAAGAGACUAUGUUGCUUGAUAUUUUGGAACAAAGUGAUAAUAAUGUCCAGAAAGCUUCAGAAAAACUGAUUGAUUUGGGCUAUGAGAAACGAAAUCCUACAGCUCCUAGAUCAUUAGCAAGGAAGAAGGAAGAAGAACAAGCAGCGAGAAAUAAACAACAAGCUGCUCCUACUCCUCCACCACGAAUGAAAAGUUUAGAGGAGAAAAAUAAAAUGAAAGCACGUUUAAUGGAGAAAUAUAAGACCGUACCAGAAAGAGUAAUAGCGCUUGCAAUGGAUAGUGUUGAUUAUGACGAAGAGAGAGCUAUACAUAUAUUGGACAUUAUGGUUACAGAAGAAGCUACAAAACCUCCAUGUGCAUCUAGCAGUGAGAACAAUAGAAGUGAUGAAAAAGAAGACAGCCCUCCAAUAACUGAAGCAGUAAAAUUAACCGCUUCACCAAUUAAGAAAGUAAUAAAAGAUCCGGAAGUGGAAAAAUCUAAGCGAUGUAAAAAUAAGAUAGAAAUACCAAAAGUCUCUCGAGGAACCAGUACUAGAGAAGAUAAUGAAUAUAAAUCUCCAUAUCUAACAAAACCUGUUGGACCAAAUUCUGAUUUACCAAAGGGAGCCAAUAAUGAUUUACUUCUUCCCGAUUAUGCGCCAUGGUCAGGGCCAGAUCCAAAUUUGAUAACAAAUAACACAUUUACCAAAAUAGUGUCACAUGGGCAUGAUACAGGCUUAGUUUCUGGAAAAUUUUAUACUGCUAAAGGUCCAGAUCCACAACUGAGGAAAGGUCCAUUACGAGGGUUAACUCAAGGUUCCAUUUAUUCCCAAAGGAAUGCAAUAAAUUCAGAAUGUCGUGGUAAAUGAAACUUAUGUAAUUGCUUUUUUUUUAAUUUAUAUAUUUGUUAAAACGAAA